AGAUAUUUCACAGUCUAAAGCAGGAAGCGCACAGAAACACAAUGCCGUCCGAAGUGAGGUUUCUUGUACUCGUUCUACUUCUGCUUUAUUGUGAGACAGCACUAUGCCAGGAAGAUUCCAAAAGCAAAUUGAUACCAAAAACAUUUGUCUCUUUUCCCUGUCCGGAAAAUAACAACACAUCUGAGCUUUGCAUCGGCAAUGUCAGCAAAGAGUACUUCAACAGUGCACUGAGCUCAACCUUCAUUCCAGCAGUGUACACAACAGUACUUAUGCUGGGAUUUCCAUCAAAUGCUAUUGCUCUAUGGAUGUUUUGCUCAAAACUCAGAACAAUACCUACUGCCAUCUUCAACAUCAUGGUCAUCAGCGAUCUGUCUUUCCUAGCAACUCUACCUUUUAUAAUACAUCAGUACAUCAAUGGCAAUAACUGGGUGUUUGGGGAAGCCACGUGCCGCAUCAUUACUGCCACCUAUUACGGAAACAUGUACAGCUCCAUCUUCUUCCUCACGUGCAUCAGCAUCAAUUGGUAUUUGGCCAUUGUCCAUCCAUUUCUCUACAAAGACCUACCCAAGAAAAACAUUGCGGGAUACAUUUGCGCUACUAUUUGGCUGGUUGUUUUUCUCUUCACUUUGCCGAUUGUCCUUCUAAAGCAAACCUACUUUUUUAAAGAACUUAAUAUUGUUACCUGCCACUAUGUUUUGCCCGAAGAAACACAGAACACCAACUUAUUUUUCUAUUACCUGACCUUCUACAUAGUGUGUGGUUUUGUAAUUCCUCUCAUUAUCACUUUGUUCUGCUACACUCUUGUGAUCAAAACACUGCACGGAUUAAACGAGAAAUGGGUUGGAUAUAUACAUAUUGCCGCGGUCGUGUUGAUGACAUUUGUUAUCUGCUUUGCGCCCAGUAACGUGAUUCUUCUGAUUCACAACUUUAAACAGGAUUUUACAGGUGACAAUCUAUAUUCCCUGUACCUUACUGCCCUAUGUUUGGGGAGCUUAAACACUUGCUUUGACCCAUUUCUGUAUUAUUACACGUAUUUCUACUCAAAGUGGAAAGCACAAUCUUUAGAACUAGAAUCUUAUUCUUCAUUACAACCGGCAGCCUGAUAUUAUGUAGCUACCCUUAGAAUGGAAGCAAAAUUAUAGUUGUUGAGUUUUAUGGGCUCUGGCCCAUAAAAUAUUUCAGAAGUUAAUUAGACAAAAGCUUGAAAAAGAGUGUGGGAGGUGAGCAGGACAGUGUGAUUAGAUUGGGUGGUUUCUAUGGAAUAAUACAUCAGGGCAUACUUGGUGGCCAAAGGCUUAUUGCUCUGCUGUAACAUUCACUGAUUGCGUGACAGCUUCCAACAGCUGAACAAUGUGGAACAGGAUGUAUAAUAUAUACUUCCUCCUGAAUUAACGCAAGUUUGGUCCUUUCUCCAGAUGCAGGCUAUUUUUCUUUGUCCGUCUCUUAUCUUCCCCUCCUGCUCUUCCCUUUUCUGAGUCACCAUAACUAACUUUAUGUUCCAAAUGGGACAUGUUCACCCCAUCUCAAUGUUCAUCAAACAAACACAGCUUCCUCAGAACUCAAAUUUACACAAUGGGGGCAAUUGACAAUUUGGGACAUCCAGGAAAAGAAUGGUUUACUAUAAUUUUUGGAAGUGCAGGUUCAAAGGACAUCCAACUCAUCUUAGACACGAGAAGGGAAGGUCGUUAUAUCAAAUAAACAUUCGAAGACAUGAACAGGAGUGGAUCAUUCAGUCUGUUCCAGCGUUUUAUUAAGAUAUUUGGCUAUUCCGUAACUUGUGUAACUUAAUACCAUUUCCCUGACCUUUCACCACAUCACUCAAUCCCUUCCCAACCAAAUAAUCAUCUACCUCCCUCCUAUAUACUGUAUGAAUCUACAAGUUUAAAAACAGUUCACAAAGUUACUGAGCGCCACCUCAUGGCUCAAGAGGAAGUCGCAUCAUGCAAUCUGGAACCGAGCUGCAGAGAACAAGAAAGUCCUGGAUCAAAGCUUACUCUGUGCUGAAUAAGUUGAUUACAGGGUGGGUUUCCCUUACUCAGACAACAGAUUGAAAGAAAAUGAUCGAAGCUGUUCAAAUAGAAUUACAUAUCCGUUAUCUCACACCUGCUUUAAGAUCUCAGACCGCAGUUACUAAUGUGAGUAAAAGCAGAGCAACUCUGAACAUGAGAUACAAGUAAUAGUGGGGUUCUGAUAAAAUGUGUAUAGUGUGUGUCAAAGCUUACUCUGUGCUGAAUAAGUUGAUUACAGCUUAAUCAACAAGCGAUUAAAACAAGCGAUGUCACUCUGUGCAUCUCACAAGCCAUGAUACAACAUAAUUGAUUUGUGAAAUUCAAUCACUCAAAGCUGUAUGAAAUGUACGUGGAGUCUGUUUUCUGGUUAACCUGCUUUGUAUUCCAAUGUUCAAAUUUACAUCAUCAAUUAGCUGUCAUUCAGAUGGUUUGUUAUUACGCGGUAUCAUUGUUUGUCCUGGACAAAUCCCGAAGCUUAGAGGCUGAUACUCAGCAUCACUAUAAUAAUCUUUACAUUUAAUACAGCACCUUUUAUAAGUAGGGAGGGAAUCUCAAAUUGCUUCACAGAAUUUACUGUAAACUGUAGUAUCUGUGUUCUGAAAGCGAACGUAUUCAAUUGGCUUUUCUGCUUUAAUGGCAAUACAGCAAGCACAUCAUCUGUGGGUUUGUAUGACCCCAGUGUUCAUCGACCAUUUCAUUUAGAGCUUUUUGCAAGUACUUAACUCAAUACGGUAAUUGGCACUUAGUUAAGAUGAAUAUUCUAUGGUCAGCAUCCAAGCUGUAAUUUUUGCCAGAGUUAAAACAAGGCAAUUUCACAACGUCCAUUGCUAACGCAAGGUAUUUAUAUCACUCUAUAAAAAGUUUUCUCAGUACAGAGUGUCAUUGUGGUUUAGCUUAUUUUUAUGCACGAAGGAGCUGCCCAACCAGCGCCAUUUCAAAACUACCUGAAAUGUACAUGAAGUCUGUCUCCUGAUUAACCCGUUUUGUAUUCCGAUAUUCAAAUUUGCCUCAUAAUUUCUAGCAAAUAAUAAUAAUCCUUGCAUGUGAUA